AUGGACCAGCAGACGCAGCAGCGACGCAGCCGGAGGGAGGUGAGCGCCUCCGAGGCCGCCCAGGGCGUCUACUCCCUCCACGACCGCGACGACGUCCGCCAUGCCCACACCAUCCGCACCGUCACCCCCGACGACCCGCCGCCCUCGCAGACCACCGGCACUACCACCUCGACCGCCACGGCCACGAUCCCCGAGGACGGCCUGCCCGUGCAGACGUUCCAGUCCCCGCCCAACAGCCCCCGCUCCCACAACAGCCAGCUCUCCAACUCGCAGCGCACCGCCAACCCGCGCCAGUACGUCGCCCGCGCCUCGAGCGACUCCGAGUACCGCAAUGCGCGCGAGCAGACACGGCCCCGGACCCGCACCCUCGAGGAGCGCAGCACCCGCGAGCGCUCGCCCUCGUCCGUCUUUGGCUCCGGCCGCCACCGCAUCGGCUCCGUCGCCAGCAACCAGAGCAACUACCAGAGCCUCGAGGAGUCGGUCGUCACCUCCAUCGGCCACAUCUCCACCAUCUCCCCGCCCCAGCAGCCGCCCCGGACCUCGAGCACCAACAGCCGCAGCCGCCUCACCAAGCAGCAGCAGCAACAGCAGGCGGCCGCCCACCGCUCCACCUCGCCCGUCCUCUCGCCCUCCAAUGUCCCGCCCGACUCGUGGGUCUCGCCCGUCCCGGCAUCUGACGCUAAGAAGCUCAAGGCCCUCAUGCGCUCCACGUGCGGCAAGAUGCAGGGUCUGCUGGCCUUCCGCCGCGGCGAGCCAAACCCCUGGGGCCUGUCGUACUGCUACAUCAACGACGAGGCCGGCAGCCUGGUCUACGAGCCCAAGAACGACACGUCCUACACCCGCACCCUCAUACCCGAUCUCCGCGGCUGCCAUGUCAAGAGCGCAUACGACGGCGAAGCCUACACGGCCUACAUCCACGUCGUCGUCCACAACUCGAAGCUCGAAGUCCACCUGCGCCCGCCGACCCAGGAAGAGUUCGACUCGUGGUUCGCCGCGCUCUUGUGCUGGUCGCCCAUGCGUCCCAAGGGCAUCCAGAACAGGAUGGCCAAGCCCCAGGCGCCCGUCAUGAUCGAGCGCCGCCUGCCAGACAGCCGACGGCAUUCCGAGGUGUCGCUCCUCAAAGACUCGCCCAAGAAGGAAGCGCCCAUCAUCAAAGUCGGCAAGAUGAUCUACUGGGACACUAGUGUGACAUACAGCAGCAAUACAGGCACCGCCAAGAACAAUGGGCCCGGGGGACGCCCCCAGGCGUACAGAGUCCAGAGCCACGGAUCCCGCCGCUGGAGAAGAGUGUCGUGCACGCUCCGUGAGAACGGAGAGCUCAAGCUCUACUCCGACACCGAUGUCACCCUUGUUUCCACCGUUCAGCUUUCCCAGCUUUCCCGAUGCGCCGUUCAGCGAUUGGAUCCCUCCGUUUUGGAUAACGAAUUUUGCAUUGCCAUAUAUCCCCAGUAUACCGCUGCUUCUUCUCCUGCAUUAACAAUCCUGCGUCCCAUAUUCCUAUCGCUAGAGUCACGAGUUCUGUACGAAGUCUGGAUAGUCCUCCUACGCGCCUUCACCGUUCCGCAACUAUAUGGUCCAAAGUCGCCGGACGCCAUGACCGACGAGGGCACUUUGUCGCCGUCUUUCGGCACCCAAGACAUGUUCCGCAUGGAGAAAUCAUUGUUCGUAAGGGUCAUUGAAGCGAAACUGAUUCCGCCUGUAAGCCCCAAGGUCUCGGAUAGCAACGGAACAACCCCAAUACGACCGUCUUCGUCUGCCACAACCAACCCGGGUGGCUAUCUUGUUGAAGUGCUGCUAGAUGGAGAGACACGUUCACGAACCACGGUCAAGAGCGAGGGCAACAAUCCCUUCUGGAGAGAGGAGUUUGAAUUUCUGGAUCUACCCGCCCUGCACACCGCUUCAUUACUCCUGAAAAAGCGACCGCCGAGCUACAACCGCACCGAAAAGAGCGGUUUUGAGGCCACCAACUCCGACCCAUACGUCUCCGAGGGUGGUUACGCGGGCAUCUCUUUCGAUCAGACAGUAGGAAAAACUGACAUUUAUCUGGACGACCUCGGCCCGAAUCAAGAGAUGGAGAAGUGGUGGCCGCUUAUCAACAUGUAUGGAAACAGUGUCGGUGAGGUACUCGUCAAAGUCAGCAGCGAGGAAUGCGCGAUUCUCAUGGCUCGUGACUACUAUCCACUUUCGGAACUUCUUCACAGGUUUUCCAACGGAAUCACACUUCAGAUCGCCCAGAUGAUCCCGAACGAGCUCAGGAGAUUAUCAGAAUAUCUGUUGAAUAUCUUCCAGGUGUCCGGGGCAGCUGGCGAGUGGAUAUGCGCGCUAGUCGAAGAAGAGAUUGAUGGCACAUUGAAGGAGUCACCUGCUAGUCGGUUACGGUUCAGUAAAAGACUGGGAUCAAGUGAAUCGAAUGAAUCUUCGCUGGCCACCUUUGGUUCUGCGAGCGACCGCGAGCUCUUCGUUCGCGACAUGGGCAACAAUGCCAAACUGGAGGCCAAUUUGCUCUUCCGCGGUAACACCUUGCUCACGAAGUCACUGGAUCUGCACAUGAAGCGACUUGGGAAAGAGUACUUGGAGGAGACCCUGAGCGAGAAGUUGAGAGAGAUCAACACCAAGGACCCUGAUUGUGAGGUUGAUCCAAACAAGGUCACUUCACAACAUGAACUGGACCGGAACUGGAGAAGGCUGAUCAACUGUACUGAAGAAGUUUGGCGAGCCAUCUACAACUCCGUGGCGAGGUGUCCACAGGAGCUGAGAUUGAUCUUCAGGCAUAUCCGGGCCUGUGCUGACGACCGCUAUGGAGACUACCUCCGGACGGUGCAGUACAGCAGUGUCUCUGGCUUCUUGUUCUUGCGCUUCUUCGUUCCAGCGGUGCUGAACCCGAAACUCUUUGGCUUACUGAAAGAUCACCCCAAGGUCAAAGCCCGAAGAACGUUCACGCUCAUUGCAAAGUCACUGCAAGGCCUGGCGAACAUGUCUUCAUUUGGCACCAAAGAAGCAUGGAUGGAGCCCAUGAACCAAUUCCUUACCACGCAUCGGCAAGAGUUUAAGAAGUAUCUCGAUGACAUAUGCUCAAUAUCAACCACGUCGCAACCCGCACCGCCGAUACCGCCAUCGUACAGCACUCCGAUUGCCAUUCUCCACCGUCUGCCUCCGACGUUCAAAGAAGGGUUCCCAUCAUUACCAUACCUCAUUGAUCAUUCACGCAACUUUGCAAUGCUAGUCAACCUCUGGUUAGACAACACACAGAAGAGUGCGCCUGACAUACAAGCCACGGACGGUGAUCUCCUCCGUUUCCACAACAUCUGUCUGUCUCUAAGCGAGCGCACCAAGGAUUGCCUGAACCGCGCUGAACCUGCCGAACGUCCAUCAUCGUCACUGAGUGUCAAGUGGGAAGAGUUGGUCGAGCAGCUACAAGGGGCGCAAAUCGACACGUCACGAGGUGCAGCAACGAGGAAUCGUGGGCCAAUACUGGAAGAAGAGAUAGAGGAAACCCCGCUAUCUCCUGGCGGCGAUGACUAUUCGUCUUCGUCUACGAGCACACCUAUCACAAUGCAGCCACCGCCACGGGCUCGGCAUCAGCAGAAUUCGAGCAUCUCAGCAUCUCAGAGCUCUUUGAAGAGCAACAGCUCGGCCACCAUAUCUUACACCAAUCCCUUUGCGAAGAAGCAAUGGUCUGGUCAAUACACGCCGUCAGGAAACGACUCGGUAAAUGCCUCUCAGUCUGCGUCUGCUUCGGCCAGUGCAUCAGCAUCCGCAACCGAGGACACACCACCGGGGUCCAGCGAUGGUCUUCACAUGGCCCCUGCGCCUUCAUACCCGCAAGCCUUGACUACGACAACCACGACCACGAUAUCUACAUCUACCUCUACACAGUCCUUCAACUACAGCAAUCCAAACUCUCACAUCAAUCAACAAAGACCUGCCGCUGUGUCCACAAACUCCCUUGUCGGAAGACCACCUCGUUCAGCAGGCGGUCAGAGUAUGGAAAACAGCGACAGCGGCAGUAUCGCAGAAGAGGAGUACACAACCGCCCUCCCCGCCUUCUCCGAGAAAGCCACGAAGGAGAAAAAGGAACGCGGCUUCCGAGGCGUCCUCCCCUUCCAACGCAAAGGCAAGCGCAAGGACAAAGACAAAGAGAAAGAGGACAAGAAAGACAAGGAACGAGACAAGGAAAACCGCAAGGACAAAGGCAAAGACAAGGAUCGCGACCGAGACCGCAGCGCCGAACGCGGUACCAGCGCCCUCGGUGGCCACCAGAGCUACAACGACAUGGGCAGCAUGCGCGGCAAACACACCACCCGCGGCGAAGACCGCGACGAAGAAUUCUGA